AUGCAGGAGCCAAAAACUGACAAAGAUGAUGACUAUUGCCGUCGUAUUAAUGAAGCGUUGAAUAACCCACCAACAUCUGGUGGGCGUGGUGGAGGAGGUAGUGGGGCACAAGAUGGAGAACUGCAAAACUUACUUAACAAUAUGUCGCAACAGCAACUUAUGCAACUUUUUGGAGGUGUUGGUCAAAUUGGUGGCUUGUCAUCGCUGCUUGGAACUAUGGGAAACAGCAGCAGCAGUGGUACGGGAUCCGGUAGUGGUAGUGCCCGUGCAUCAGGUGGCAGUGCUGCAAGCUCCCGCGGUGGCAGCGCACCUCGUACGAGCGAGCCGGCUCCCGCGCCCGCUGCACCAGCUGCCCCAGCACGCACCACAACCCGCCGUGAAGUACCGCCCGCUGCGACUCCACCUAACACGGCGAGUGCUACUCAACCGCGCAGUGGACAGAUUUUUCUAUCUGACCUGCAGCGUUAUUUUUCGGGGCUGGGUAACGCACCUGCAGAAGGCGGGCCGGGUGCGGAGGGCGGAUCGAGCGCGGCGGCAGCGGCCGGAGCGGACCGCGUGGAGCUUGGAGCGGCGCUCGCCUCACCGGACGUGGUGGCCGCAGCCAGCGAGCCGCGCAACGCGCAGCGCCUCGCCCCGCAUCUGCCUACGCCUGCUGCCCAGCCCCACGACGAUGUAAGGACCACACUGCUCUCACCGCAGUUCGCUCAGGCAGCAAACCAAUUUUCGUCUGCACUAACAUCUGGACAAAUGGGUCCUGUGAUCAGUCAAUUUGGGCUUCCACCAGAAGUGGCGUCGGCCGCCAAUAGUGGUGAUAUGCAAGCAUUCUUUAAAGCUUUAGAGAACUCUUCAAAUGCUUCUGAUUCUUCAAAGAGUCAAGAAGAAGACAAGAAGAAGGAAACGACUAAGGAAGAAAAAGAUACCAAAAAAGAUGAUGAUGCUGGAAUCACGGACAAAGUCGACGCUGUAAAUGUGCAGGCCAAGCAUUCUAGAUUAGGUAUUCGCGGGAGCGAAGGCACGGUACGCGUGACCUCGGCGCAGUGCGAGGGGCGAGAGGCGCUGGGGAAUCCUUCUGGCGCCAGACCGGCAUCGGUGUCUGCCCGCACCCCGCCCCCCUUCUCACCGGCCCACUCGAAA